ACAUAACUCGUAUUUAUGAGUUGUGUAAACAAUUCUUCGUGUUGGAACAUAAUGCUUUGGGCCUGGAAGAAUAUUAUUCUCAAGUGAUGGGCAUAUGUGAAGAACUCAAAAUGUAUCAACCCAUCACUUCUGAUGUUCUAAGUAUGCUAAAACAACGAGAAGAUUUUAAUAUUGUUCGUUUUCUUGUUGGCUUAAAACUGGAGUAUGAGUCCGUGCGUUCUCAAAUUUUGGCAAGUCCACAGCUUCCCUCAUUUCCUGAUAUAUUAUCCCGACUUCAGCGAGCUACAUUGUCUUCUGAUCAGAGUAAUGAGAGAUCUGCUUUAACUGCUUCCUAUGUUGCUCUUGCUGGGCGUGGAGGUCGGAGUGGUAGAGGUGCACGUGGGGGACGUGAUACCAGAGAUAAUCGCACUCGAGGUCGUGAAUCUCGUAAGUGCACCCAUUGUGGUCGCACUAACCACUCAGUGGAUUAUUGUUGGGAUCUACAUGGUAGACCAUCUGGGUAUGCUAAUCAAGCCACUUUCCAAGAUGAUCCACAGUCAAUGAGCUCCAACUCAUCUUCAGAUAUGAUUAGUAUAUCAAAGGAUGAGUAUGAGCGGUUUUUGGGUCACACAGGGGCUUCAUCUUCCACAGCUAUUCUUACCCACUCAGGUAUAGCAUCCGCAUGUCUUGUCUCAUCCACUCAAGGUCCAUGGAUCAUUGAUUCAGGAGCUAAUGAACAUUUGACCGGAUCUCAAGACGGGGAACAAGAUUGGUACGGGGCAUGAAGCUGGUGGUCUGUAUUACCUUGAUGUUCAACAGUCACCCACUCGAGCCCUUACAACCCCCUCAUCAUCUGCUUUUGAAUGGCACUGUCGCCUAGGUCACCC